CACUACUUGUUUUACGAAAUCACCCUUGGACCAGCGUUUAUUAUUUUUCUAUCGUUUGCCAUGAUGAGAAAAAGAAGAAACAUCCUUAAAAAUAUGUUAAACGGCAGGCCCGGCUUGGUAUGCCCUAUGGAUGCUAUGACCCAGUCUUCUAGCUUGUCGUACGCGUGUUCGUUCGGAGUGACCAUCUUUCUGAUUUACCAGAUCAUUCUGGAACAGAAGUUCGCCAUUCCAUAUGACGGGCCAGUUGGUCUAAAAAUGUUAAUUGCCGUCGUUUCCAUGUUGAUAUACGGGAUGGUCUUCUUUCCCAUUUUCGCCUGUCUCGCCAUUGGUUCAGUGUUUGGUUACGGAAUCAGCGCCCUCUAUGUGUGGGCGAUCACUGCUGUCAACAUCUACAAGACGUUUUCCUGUGAUGUAUCAGUUAAAACUCGAAUUGCUGUUGUAUUACGUGCUCUACCCUUGUUGGGGAGUCUCUUGUACUUAAGUAUAAGCAUUCCAGGACGCUUUAUAAAGGCAGUACGAAAGAGGCAGUUUUUCGUCGUAGCCGAGUCAGUCCUGGAUAACAAACAGGAUUUGGAGACGAUUAGAAAAUCCCCCGCUGGACUCCACGUCAUCAAACUACUCGAGAAGCCAGAACCGAAAUCCAAACCUUCUCCUGGGAUUUGUGGCAAAAUAAAACACAUUAUACGAAUAUUUCUAAAGAAGACGUUGUACCACUGGGAUAAAGAUUUCAGAUACCCUUCCAGGUUUUCCUCCAUAAUGAUUGUUGGGAUAUUCCUCUUAUAUGUGUUAAGUUUUGAAUUUAUGACGUACGUCUUCAGAAUAUUUGUGCUACUGGAUACUUUAUAUGAAACUGAGAUAGAGAAACUUGGGCUAGACUUAGGCGCAGGGGGAAGUAUUUAUGCUGAUAGCAUGCAUGCAAUCAAAAUCAGUAUGUUUCUGUCUUUAAGUCUUGCUUGUGCCAUUGGUCUUCUAAUGAUCGUUUAUAUGCUGUCAUCCUACAGAGCCAAUCUGAAAGCUUUAUUCCGAGGUGACCACAGCGUCAUCCCGGGCAUAGAUGCACGAAGUAACGCAGCUCAUAUGGUUGGCUUCAUUCGAUAUGCUGGAUACCAAGUAGGCUAUAUUGUGUGGGGUUUCAUAAUACAGUCGGUGAUUUUCCUCAUUUUAACUCUUGCGAUAUCCACGGUCAGUAUUCUGAGCCGCUACGGAAUGAGAGACUGGUUCGUUAAGAAGAUCUCAGAUUUAUGGCCGGCUUUACUUCUGACGAUCUUGCUAAAUAUUUUUCAAAUUCUCCUGUCCAAGUUCUUCUUCCUUCAGGACAAAGGUCAGCGACUGCGUCUUGAUAACAGGAGACUGCUGUACACGUUUACGUACUUCAUGUUUUUCUUCAACGUCUUCCUGGGUCUCGUCUCCUGUCUGCUGAGGAUCCUCAAGUCCAUCGUGGUGGGCGCCCUGUUCAUGUCCAGACUCGACAUCAGCGUCCUGCCUCAACGAUUCCAGUUCUUCGAUCCAGGUUUUGCUGCGUACGUUGGCUAUUUGCAUGUUGAGAAUGCUCACACCCACCCCGUGAUGUUUGUAUUCAUCCGCCUGAUGAAGAUGAACCUUAACAGUGAAUACCGCCACAGCACUACCGUCGACAUGGAGAUGAAGGAAAUCCACAAUGGAGUUGUAUCCCUUGGAUUAAACGAGUUAGCGAAUGGAAAUGCCAGUAAAGAAAAAGAAUCUCAGACGACAGAACAAUGGCGUAGGCGUUACGCGGCAUGUUUCAAAUGGUGGUUGGCUUAUACGUUGAUAAACAACCCAGAACUCCGCUUCUACAGGAAGGGAUAUAUGCAGGUCCUGAAGCUGGCUCGGCAGGAGGGCGUGGCUAUUCCUGUGAGUGACGACCUAACGAUUGACAUUGAUGCUAUCAAAAGGAAACUAAACAUAACUGAAUCAACACAUCUCUAACAGACGCCUGAGCAGGAAAUUUAGCAGGGGUGGGGGUGUUGUAGGAAGCGGGGGCGGGGGUCAAGACCGGCGAACGACGUUUGUUGAUAGGGGCUCGAGUAAUGCUUCUCCGGAAAAAUAUAUUGCUAAAACAAAAAGAAGAAAAUUUGCUUUAGGGGAUGGGGUAUGUGUGUUCCUCGAAUGCUUCCCCACCACCACCCUACCCUAAUACGUGCCUGUACAUUGGGGUAGUGAUAAUAGAAUCCCAUUAUUAUCUUGGACAGAAUUCUCUGGCAAAAUGAGGUCCUAAUUUAGGCUUCAGCUUGUCGAUCAAUCCCACCACCAUCACGAGAUCGAGGGGGGAGUGAGAGACAGAGAGAGACAGACAGACAGACAGAAACACAGAGAGAGAGUGAGAGAGAGAGUGAGAGAGAGAGAGAGAGAGAGAGAGAGAGAGAGAGAGAGAGAG